AUAGUCAAUAACACAAUCUCCACCGAAUGGCAAUACAUCCGUGAAAUCGCGAAUUGCUACAACAAAGCGCCUUUGCUAUCUAGCCUCCCAGUCCGCUCGCCCAACGAUCCCGCCAUCGUCUGCGGCUCCGAUGCUAACGCCCAUCCACAAAUCGAAACCGCAACCAUCAUUGCCGGCGAUGAAGUCGGCUUCAUGGUCUCUCCACCUUGGACAGAAUUCGAUUGGCAAACGGUCAUCUGGCACCCCGGCCCGGGGCAAAUCUUCCUGUCAAAAUCGCCCACCGAGAACAUUUCCGCAUACGACGGCUCUGGGGAUUGGUUUAAAAUAGGGUACGCAGGGCCCGAGAACUCGACGACAUGGAGCUUGUUGGGUAAGUAUGGGAUGAAUGUUACGAUACCAAGGAUGACGCCGCCGGGGAAGUAUCUCAUGCGGUUUGAGCAGUUUCAGCCAGGCCCAGAGUUUGGUGAUACUCCUUUCUUUGUGGCUUGUGCGCAUGUAGAAAUUUUAGGACGAGGGCGGGGUAGGGUGGGGAGAAGGCAUUUGGUGAGGUUUCCUGGGGCGUACAAUAUUAGUGAACCAAGUACGUCCAUACUGUUCCUUAGCUGUUGUGAUGGGUCGAGUUAG